AGUACGUUACAGUACUAGUCAUUGCCCACGCUGAAUGUUAACGUGGUACAGUGACUUUGCCCAUCUUUCAAUUUCGGGUUUUAGGAUUUUUCAGGCAGAAAUUCUCCACAACUUGCUCGAAAGGAUUGAAAUGUUACAGUUUAGGUUUUCGGCAGUGCUGAAGGAGUUGUUUCAAUCCAACCUAAAGCGCCCUUUGACAGGUAUUACAAGAAAUAAAACGUCGUUACCAAUCCACUACUGCUCCAGCAACGCCUCUCUUGAUGUCCAAGUUAGCUUCAAAUUGAAGCUUCUCCAUGCCGGUGUCCACCGCCCUUUGCUUUGCGCCGCACCUGGGACCCGGACCUACUGCACGAAGACCGAAGGUGCUGCUAUACCUGUGACCGAAAGUGCUAUACCGGUGACCGACCAGGAGAAGAAAGAUGAGACUGCCACAGAAGCAGCGACGGAGAAGAGAAGGAAGGCAGGCAUCCUGCCCAGUCUGGAGGACCUGCUCUUCUACACCAUCGCAGAGGGCCAGGAGAAGAUCCCCGUCCAUAAAUUUCUCACAGCACUAAAGGCCACAGGACUACGCACAGGAGAUCCCCGGCUGAAGGAAUGCAUGGACACCCUUAAAGUAACCCUGAAGAACACCUCGGACGGAGUCAUGCUGGACAGACACCUCUUCAAGAAAUGUGUCCAGAGCAACAUAGUCUUGCUCACCCAGGCCUUCCGCAAGAAGUUUGUCAUCCCCGACUUCCAGUCCUUCUCUUCUCACAUCGACGAGCUCUACGAGAGUGCCAAAAAUCUGACCGAAGGCCAGGUUGCAGACUACAUUCCCCAGCUUGCCAAAUUUAGCCCAGACCUGUGGGCCGUGUCUCUGUGUACAGUGGAUGGACAAAGACACACGGUAGGCGACACCAAGGUCCCCUUCUGCCUGCAGUCGUGUGUGAAGCCGCUGAAGUACGCCAUCGCGGUGCACGACCACGGCACCGAGUACGUGCACCGCUUCAUCGGGAAGGAGCCCAGCGGCCUGCGCUUCAACAAGCUCUUCCUGGACGAGGACGAUAAGCCCCACAACCCCAUGGUGAACGCCGGCGCUAUUGUUUGCACCUCACUGAUAAAGCAGGGCGCGAGCAAUGCUGAGAAGUUUGACUAUGUCAUGAACUUCCUGAAUAAGAUGGCAGGAAAUGAGUAUGUAGGCUUCAGCAACGCCACAUUCCAGUCGGAGCGUGAGUCAGGAGACAGGAAUUUCGCUAUCGGCUAUUACCUGAAAGAAAAGAAGUGCUUUCCUGAGGGGACAGACAUGACGUCCAUUCUGGAUUUCUACUUCCAGCUAUGCUCCAUCGAGGUGACCUGCGAGAGCGCCAGCGUCAUGGCGGCCACCCUGGCCAACGGCGGCUUCUGUCCAAUCACGGGCGAGCGCGUGCUGAGCCCGGAGGCAGUGCGUGACACGCUGAGCCUCAUGCACUCCUGCGGCAUGUACGACUUCUCUGGCCAGUUCGCCUUCCACGUGGGCUUGCCAGCCAAGUCGGGCGUGGCGGGGGGCAUCCUUCUGGUGGUGCCCAAUGUCAUGGGCAUCAUGUGCUGGUCUCCUCCGCUGGACAAGCUGGGCAACAGUGUCAGAGGCAUUCAGUUCUGCACGGACCUGGUGUCUCUCUUUAACUUCCACAACUACGACAACCUGAGGCACUUUGCCAAGAAGCACGAUCCUCGCAGGGAGGGAGGCGACCAGAGGCAGUUUACCUUCGGACCAAUGGAUUACGAGAGCCUUCAGCAAGAGCUAGCUCUCAAAGACUCUCUGUGGAAAAAGGUGGUGCCCACUGAUUGCCACGAGGACAGCUCCACCACUGUAGUCUAUAGGAUGGAGAGUGUCGGGGAGCGCAACUAGGACCCACUCUCUUUUCCCUUCCUCCCACCUUCUCCUGUCCCCUUUCUACACCCAUAUAUGACUUCAUAUAUUUAUAUAAAUUAUCAAGAGGAUUAUUUAUUUCUAGAAUUUUUUUUUUUUUUUUUUUUUUACAUAAUGUAAUGUCACAUUAUGUACUGGUGAUGAAUGAUAAUUGAUCCUACCUGGGUUACUGUACCUUUUCUUUUUUUUCUGUGUCUCUGUGGCUGCAAUCCAAACGCUUAACAGACACACCCUCAGCCCUCAAAUGAAGUGGACACUUCUGAUGAUAUAUCAUGAUGUCUGACAAGUUGACACUUGCAGGGCGAGUUAGGAAGGAAUGAUUUAUAAAUGGACCGCCCUUGCCCGGAAAUUCGUCACUCGUUCAUCCCGCAACGAUUGUGUUUUCAUUCACCGGUAGCUUGUGCGUGCUUUAUAUGCGCUCCAGUCAAUUAUGAGUGCAUGUCUACUUAUAUUAACUACAUAAUUAUUAAUAUAUGCCUACUGUAUCAUAGCUAGAAAAUGAAUUAGCUAACUAACCUGUCUAGCUGGAACUUCUGAAGAAGGGGAAUGUUUUAUUUCUACAAUUUCCAAAAGCUAACCAAACAAAAACAUCAUUACUUUUACGAGACGUGUUUGUGUAGCACAAUUUGUAACUUCUUUACCUUCGUUUUUACUUACACUUGUAUGUUGACUCCAUAUUGACGUUGAGGUUUUAAGUUUUGGCUGACUUUUCUUAGCGGAUGUACAAUCAUUGCGAAUUGAAUUAUGGGGUGUUUCAGGCCCCGACGCGAACAUAAUUGUACACUCGCAAACUCUAUGAAAAACGAGGGCUGAGGGGCUUACGUUGCAAACUUCCCUUGCUUGGCUAAUCAUUUGGACCAACGACAAAUAUGGCUGUGGGGAUUCCCCCAAAGGAAUAAGGCGAGGGUAAGUGGAAGAGGGUGUGUCUUUUAUGAGUUUGAAAUGCAUCCCUUGUGUUUUUGGGGUCCCUGCAGAGCUGAGGGAAGCCCUUCCAGCUGCCUGUCUAGAAUGUCAGACUUUAGGGGCCUGAAGGGAUUGCCUGGCUCAGAUUGAGGCUUUGCAAGUAGACUUGAUCCAUCAUUUCAUGUGUGCUUCAAUAUCUACUGACAGGUUUGAAGUCCUGUAUCUGUCGAACAUGCCAGUGUGGGUAUUAGGCCCAUUGUAAUGUGUUUGUUAACCAAAGCGAGGGAGGUUUUCUCAAACCAAAAGCCAAGGGAAGAUGUGGAGUGUUGUGCUUUGACACAUAUAAAUAUAAUGUAUCUCAUUGUAUUUAUAUGCGUUGACAGGCUCUUGAGGUUACUACAAGCUUAACUCUGUUGAUCUAUGUGUGUGGGUGAAGUGGGAUUUUUGAAGUAGAGGACACCUUUUGGUAACAGGAUAUCCUUGCCGGUCCCUCCCGUUUUUUUUAAAUUUUCUUUUGGUCUUCAUUUUUUGAAAACAAGGAACAGUAGCCUUCCUUUGCUUAUAGUAGCUAGCUGGCUUUAACCUGGCUAAAAACAUAGCAAGCUAGCUAGUCUUUUUAGCUCCCCACAUCUCCAUGUGAAAUAAUCAGAUUUAUCAUUUAGAAAUAUGCCCUGGCAAAUGUUCUUCUACUUGCUGGUGUAACCUAAAACAUGAUCCCAGUUUGAUAUACUGCUUGUGUAUUCAUUCCCAUAUCAGUUAAAAAUAGAACAGAAAAAAUCACAUGGCUAGCAAGUUGGCUACAGCAGGUUCUACCAUUUCACAGUAGCCUGGAAUCACUAGUUACUAUUUCUAAACAAAAUAAUGUUUUGAGUGGAUUCAGUUGCUGAGAUCAUAUUUGGUUAUCAAUGCAAAAUAGUCUACUUUGAUGAAUUGCCUAUAUAUAUAUCAGAUCAAGGAACCAAGCAAUAAUACUGCCCCCACGGCUGCAGAAGUAAUGAUACUGCAUGUCUCAAUUUUCAGGUAGUAAAACAGUCCGCCCCUUUUGUGAUGAAAAAACGACAUUGCAACACUCCGAUAUUUUCGUCUGCAUAGAGCUUGUAGUAUGCUUUUAGAAGAGCAAACUGAGAUUAUAACGAUAAGGCACUUAUCAGGCGUGACACGGAGACGAUAUCAGUCGGACCAUUCAAACUUGCAUACCAGUGCUUUACCUUUCACAUACCCGCAACGCAUCUCACAUGAGCCGAUUUCUCAACUGCUGUUGAGUGGACCGAAGCUUUUCAUCAAGGUCGUGAAAGGUGAUUCAUUCCACCCCCUUUUGUGUGCACCUUUUUGUAUUUGAGUGGUGUGUGUACCGUGUCGAUCUAAGCUGUGACGCAUGCUGAGGGGACAUUGACCCUGGCUCAGACAGACAAGACACUGCACAAACCUUUAGUUUUCAUGACAUAACCUAGUGGAAUCCUGCUGGAUCUAUUCCAUAGGCAGUUGCAGUAUGUAUAUGUCAGAUGGCAUAUCAUGGUUAUAUAGGUCAUACGUAUAUGUAUUGUACAAGUCAGUAUACCAUUGAAAGUGUGAUCACACAUUAUUACCAAUUAUAUUUAAUCUGUAUUAUUACUGUGAAUUACGCUUAGCUACCCUUAAAGAGGAAGAGGAAACCAGUCCUCUUAUCUAUACUGUAGCUUAAGAAUGCAUCAUGUUUAUUUCCAUAUGCACUGUACAGUAUCUACAGUUUUCCCAAAGACUGUAUUUGCCUGACGUGUGUUUUGGGAUGAUUGUUAUCUUGCAGUAAGCUUGAUGAAGCUCAACAGCAGCGCAGAACGGCAAGGGAAUCAACUUAUUUCACAAACGUUGGCCACAUUUGCACAUGUACGUCAACCAAGGCCAUGGGUGUCCUGCUGCUGGGGCUGUUUUUCUUUCAAUGUUUUUAUCCAAUCAUGCUUGAAACUGAGCUGUUGAAUUGGUAUACACUGUAUGUUACGCAUGGCUUCGUCAUGAAUGUGCUCUUCUCGUGGGUCCAUAUAAGUCUAUGGGUCCCAUACUGGUCAAGGUUGGGGUCAAUUUGAAUUGAAGUCAAUUCAGGAAGUGCUUUAAAUGUAAAAUUCAUAAAUGGAAAGAAUUUUGAAAGAUACAUGGCUUCUCCCUUUCAGUUUGUUGACAAGUUAUUGAACGUAGAUGCCCUGUUUUUCAAUUAUUGAAUUAGAAUUUAUUAAUUUAAUUGGAAUUACUGACUUGACCCCACCCUAUCCCAUAUACUUUUAGUUAGUUUUUAGCUUCUUUUAGUAUCAGACUUACUUCAAAUAUAUUUUUGUUGUUUUGUCAUGUCUGUAUGCUUGGACUUCAUUUAAAAUUGUGAUUUGGAACUAGGACUACUAUUUCACUAAGGAUGUUUUUUUUUUAAGUGUAGGCCUUUGAGAUGUCAGUCAGUGUGUGGUGCAAAGCAUUACAAGUCUCUGUCACUGUGGAGUGAAGCUAGCUGUAGCUAGCCUAGCAGCUAACGUUAACUUGCUUGCUAAUGCUAAUUUACCAAAUAAUCAGUUCUGUUAAAUCAAUCCUAUUUAUUUGUACUGAAAUUGUAUCUUUUUUUCUGCUACUCGUAUUUUCUGAAACACGUUUGAGUGGGUUUUCUAGUGUCUUGCCCAUGUUGACAUAAUAUGGAGAAUGCAGGGGCUGAAAGCUUGCAAGACUUAGGAGUUAGGUUGACGUUAGAGGCUACAGGAAGAAGUUAUGGGGCUUACUGAACCUUUCUACUCUACUGCAAAAUGUGUCUAAUAACCCCAAUCAAAUUUUACACAAGGGUUUUUUUGAAUGCCAUACCAGUAUUUUCAUUACAAUUUAUGAUUUUUAUGAUUUCACAGCAACAUGUUUAAUGUUUCCCACAAUGUCAUUAUUUUACUAUUUCUUUCAAAUGGCAUAUUUUUGUAUGAUUUAAUAAAUGUGUUUGAAUCCCACAUUGAUAUUUUAAAGUU